AGUGAUCGGUUAGCUCUAUGCACAGUCUGAACAACAAUAACGUGGUGGCAUUGUCCAAUUAACCACAACAUUAUUUAUUGGGCUUCGCAUCGAGAUUUCGGAGCAGCAGAGCCUUGAUUUGCUCCAUGAAGUUGUAUCACAAAACACGUCGUGCUUUUACAUUUUAAUACUUUGCCUUGUGAAGCUGCUUUUAAUAAUCACCAUAUUCGUUUAACUGUGCAAUUGUUUUACACCAUCCUUUGCAAAUCCUUACUUAGAGCGCCCAAUAUUGUGAAGCACUAGCGAAAAGUAUUCGUGAUUUUAAGCGUGGUGUGUGGUAAAAUAAUGUCCUUACCACGUUUCGUCAUCUCGUCGAAAAUGACAAAAGCUAGAGGAAUAAAUUGGAUCAGUCGGUAUGCUGUUAUACAUCGAACAAUGGCAACUACCACUUUUAACUUGAUUUGCUCCACAUAUUAUAUUGAUUCAAUUUUUUUAAGUCACUUACGCGUUUGCAGUUGCUAUCCAUAAAGCCCGCAUGAUUAGCAUAGUAGGCUCGUCCACUAGCAGCGAUUAGUAUGAAUACUUAAACGCGCGUCUUAAAUCUGAUAAUUUGCUCAAAAGUUGCUCACGCUGUCUUUAGAUAAAAGCCAUUUUCGACUCUGUUUACCAUCUCUUACAAAAGCGAGCUUCACUUACAACGAUAGUCGUUUGCAGUGUUCCUCAAAAACUUCAACAUUC